CGAUCGGAUCGGAUGGUUGAACGGUCGGUCCAAACGAAAACAAACAUCGUCAUCACUGGCUGCUGCGACUGCUGCUGGUUGCCACCGUCGCCAUUGAGCCAGUGGAAUCCAACAGGUUCGAGAUGCGACGAAGGUUUAUAAACGCCUGCGACACCGAGUAACAGCGGCUAGUAGUGAACUGGUAUCCGAACGAAACUCAACUUUAUACAAACUAUUUCCUUCGACAUACGAACGAACGGCUCAACUGCGGGACAAGUAUCGCAAUCAAAUUCUCAAUUGCAAGUCGAAUCCUUUAGACAGGAAUCCAUUUUGGAUCGUCUAGACGCCGAUCUGUUAACUUCCAGAAAGUGCUACGCAAUAUCUGUUGGAUUCUCUACUUGAAGCGUGAUUCACUGUCUCCAGCAGCUUCAUGUAAACUAUUCGCGCAAAAGGAUUGCUUAGUGGGUAUUCCAGCUGGAGCAAACUUCCUGGAAGGAUUCUCGGUGUUCCAAUAAUAUGUAACGUACUCAUCUGUGGUAGAGCUGUGCGUGUGCGGCUGUGGCAUAAUCGUCCAGACGAUAUCGAAUUUUCGGGUUCGAGUGUGUGGAUCAGACCGUGAGGUGGCGAUAUUACACCGGUGAAAGCGUCGAUAUACCAAAGCGUAAUUCCGUUAUUCUGCAAAGGACCUGUGCUGUUCCGGCUGGAACCCAGAAGGUGGAACACAGCACAUCAAGUCGUAUCAAGUGGUGCAGGAGUAGGAAAGGGCUAUCCUGAUUUUGAGUAUCUUGAGCAGGCGGAACACGGAAACUCGGCCCUGAACAAAAAGAAACAAACGGCCACUAUUGGUGACUAUGAAAGAUUUGGCAGAUCUAGCCGCAUACCAACAAUUGAACACGCAGCGCCCGAUCAAGAGCAAGCGCAACCGAUGGAACGUGCCUAUAUCGGACUUUGCCAAGCUUACCCAUAAUCCCAUCCGUGCCAUCGUCGAGGGGCUCAACAUCCAACCGCACCCGGACAAGCCGCUUAUCGCCCUAUCCAUUGGUGAUCCGACGACCUUCGGGAAUCUCAAACCAUCGGCGGAAACGAUCGAAGCCAUCCGGCAGGUGAUCGACGAGGGUACUGGUAAUGGUUACGCGGCCGCCAACGGGCAUCUGGAGGCGCGCGAAGCUGUCGCCCAGUACGUACAGCACCAGGGUCCGGUGACAGCGAACGAUGUGAUACUGUGCAGUGGCUGCAGCAGCGCCCUAGACCUCUGCAUCUCGGUGCUGGGUGGACCGGGUAAGAACCUACUGGUGCCCAAGCCGGGCUUCUCGAUCUACAAAACGCUGGCCGAGGGCUUCGGCAUCGAGUGCCGUUCGUACGAUCUGCUGCCCGAGCGCAACUGGGAAGCGGAUCUGGUGCAGCUGGAGAAACUGAUCGACGAAAAUACGUGCGGGUUGGUGGUGACCAACCCAGGCAAUCCGUGCGGCAGCGUAUUCGGCCGUUCGCACCUGGAAGCGAUCGUCGACAUUGCGGAACGCCACUUUCUGCCAAUUGUGGCUGACGAAAUCUACGAGCAUUUCGUGUUUCCAGGGCAUGAGUUCCAUGCGGUGAGCUCGGUGUCGCGUACCGUACCGGUACUGUCGUGCGGUGGCUUGACCAAGCGUUUCCUUGUGCCAGGCUGGCGCAUGGGUUGGAUUAUUGUGCACGAUCGGGGUAACGUGUUGGAGGAGGUGCGCCGCGGACUCGCCAACCUGUCCGUACGCAUUCUCGGAUCGAACACCAUCAUCCAACGGGCUCUGCCCGCCAUCUUGCAAAACACGCCGCCAGAAUUUUUUGAAGAUCUGGUCGCAACACUGCAUAGACAUGCGGAGGUGGCGUACAAGUCGAUCAAGCAAAUCCGUGGCCUAAAUCCGAUCAUGCCGGGCGGCGCGAUGUACAUGAUGGUCGGGAUCGACAUUGAGCACUUCCCCGCGUUCGACACCGAUCUGAGCUUCGUCGAGGCGCUGGUGCACGAGCAGAGCGUCUUCUGUCUACCGGGCCAGUGCUUCGAGUACCCGAACUAUAUCCGGCUGGUGCUGACCGUGCCUGAGGAGAUGAUCGUUGAGGCGGUGAAAAGGCUGGCGGAAUUCUGUGACCAGCACUAUAAGAUCGACGAUGAGAAGCUGCUCGAGCACCAGAAUGGAUUGCUCGCUCAGCUUAACAAGCUCGAGUGAGAAAUGCAGGCGCCAGGUUGGCGUCACAUAUUUUGAUUUUUUGUAUUCUCUCUUCCGUUCUCCUUUUCUCUCUCCUCUGUCCCUCUUACAAAUAUACAAAUAAUCGGGAAAUAAAGGUGAUUAUGUUUCAAUUUUCUCA